ACGCAGUCUCACUUCCAGCCCUGCAAGACACUGGACUCUUUCUCAGCAGCAUCAACUUGUCAAAGGAACUGGUAAAGAGAGAGAUUCGUGACUGAGAACAGACAAGAUCACUGUGCUUAUGACAUGGCAGUCUCUCUGCUGCUGCUUGCCCUUGGACUGCUUCUUGUAGAGCCUUCAGAAAGCAGAAUGAAAGGGACCACAGACCAAUUUUCACAGAAAGAGAUGCAACCUGCUGCAAAACAGACUCUUGAGGAAUCAACAAACUCAACCCUGUCAGGCAAAACUACCGGCCUCAGCAUGUCCACGCAUGUAAUGUCUGCCCCUCCCCGAACAUCCAGAAGGCUCAUCAUCCCCAAGGGAAAUGCUAUAAGAGAUGGCAGGAACUGUGUAAACAGCCUGAGCGUCUGGAGAGCAGACGUACACGUGAAUGAGUCGUGUCAGUUGGGCAAUAACUUUAUACGUGGCUCCACGGAUGUGAGCCUCGGAAUUCCCAAGGCCACCAGUGGAAAAUGUGAAGAAACACCUAAUCUAAGCAGCUGUGGGUACCUAGGACUGGAGCGUACCACGUGCAAGGUCCUUGCAGGCCACCAGUGCCCCAGGUACCAUGAGCACAGCAUAACCUCAUUAAAGAGAAUCCUGACAGUGCUGACAAGCCAUUCUCUAAUGAGUUGGUUAGUUAGUGGCUGUAAAUUGUAAAGCUUUGAGACUAUAAAGAAGGACAAGUUCAUGGUCAUUGUUGCUUCUCUUCUUCUGCUACACACAUCUUUCCUUUAGUACACCGAGAACACUAUACUAACCUGAUGAGUGGAACAAAAUAGCCCAAUACAGCACAAGUUAAUGAAAACUUGUAACUGACCCUAGAACACACACUCAUCUUCUCACUCUCACUCUUGUUCCCACAAACUACAUUCCUUCCUAGUUGUUUAGCUAUCAAAGCUGAGUCUGCCCCAGUAGGCAAAGGUAAGCAGAGAAACUCCAGGUCAGAUAGUAAAUGAGGGUGACGUACAUACUUAGUCCUGCUCUUCCAAGGUGCGUGAGCAGGUGUGUGCACCUGAGCGCGCCUGCCUCCCACACAGCUGUGGGUUGCUUGUCCUCCAGGAGAUAUCUCAGCGUCCACAGGUCCAGCACUGUACAGCUUGCAUUUCUCCUUCUCUGUUCCUAUCUCAGGGCUGCUGCAGAGAGGAAACAAAAAUCUUGCCACCACUAGGCAAAGUCUUGCUACUCUAGAGCUGUGCCUGCUGAGGGGCAAACUAUAGGAAACACAAAAGGUAGCGAUGGGUCAAGUUUAUGGCACGUUUCAAGCAGGGUUAUCUUCAAUCUUGAUGCUUUCUCUACCAGUCUUAAGCCCGCAGAGUUAACAGUGCGUGAGGCACAGACAGUUACCAUGUUGCUAUUCAUUGUUGUGCAAAUAUAUGUGCCUGUUUAUCCUCUUCUGUCUUUCCUUCAUCCCAAAGCAACUUUUUUUUUAAACAUUUUUAUUUGAAAUAAACGAGUGCAAAUGAAUACUAUGUUGCUAAAUGCUUUUUCUUGCAGCACAGGGUUCAUUAUGUGUUGAUAUUCCCAAUAUUUUUAUACUGAUACAGAGUUCUCAUUGUGUUGAAAAUACAAGAUGCUGACAGUUAACCGAUAUAAAUCAUCGUAACCACAUUUAACACUUGGGGGCUUUUGAGCUGAAUUCUCUUGUCAGCACAGUGGCUGCUUACACAGUGUUUCUCGUUCACUCUUUCUUUGGUUACUAUGAUAGGUAAGCAGAGCUCAAUUAGCAUUUGGUGGUAAGAGGAAUGUGAUGUAGGGAAAAGCCUGGGUCCUGAAGGAUAAUUGAGGAUACAGGUCGGAUGCUGUGCUCAGUGAAUCCAUUCUAGGGUUACUUUCAUGUGGCAGGUCUGAUACUACACUACAUUCACUCUCCAAGCAGAAGAAUUGGUUUUCCAUCAGUACAUCAUUGAAAAUUGUCUCUUCUUGCUUCAUAUUUAGUUCACAUAUGCCUAACUUCUUUUCUACACCAUUCAUUUAUAGUGGAGGGGCAAGUCAGCCCCAGAGAUAACUAUUUUUGUUUUGGUUUGGUUUGGUUUGGUUUUGGUCCUAAAUACAAGAGACAGAUUUGGCUACAGGAGAAGGCAAUGAGAAGGACAGAGGUGUAUAAUGCUGGCUUUGAAAGUGGACAAAGUAGCUGUGUUAGUUAUUUUUCUUGAUGUGUUAACAAAACGUCCUGAUAAAAGCCAAUAAAGGGGAAAGGUUUUGUUUUAACCCAAGUUAGAUGAGUCGAGUUCUGCAAAGCUUGAAGCAGCUCCCAGGAGCAGGAAACAGAGAUAAUUGUAUACUUUGUACGCUUUGUGGAGCUCAACUUGCUUUUCCCUCCUUGACUGCUCAGGAUUCUCUACCCAGAGACUAGUCCUGCCAGCGGUUAAGAUGGCUUGUUGAUGGAUUUUCACACAUCAAUCAAUGUAACAAAGAUAACUCCCACAGGCAUGCUCAGAGGCCAUCUCCCAGGUGAGUCAGGGACCAGUUCCACAUCUAGUCAUUUCUCCUUACGGACGGAAUACGUGACCGCGUGUGGUGCCUGACAUUAGGUCUCCACUCUGAAGACUUUUCUUUGCUGGUGUCUUGCAAGGUUGUCCCUGAAAGGGGUGGUAAUGCUGCAGGUGUCCACUCUGGGUGGUGCCUCCAUC